GGAAACCUCCGUGACGUAAGUUCUGUCAAGGUCUGACUGGAUCUGAGUGUUCUUUUCUUUUUUCUUUCCAUUAGUUUUUCGUGGGAUUGCCGUUGGUAAUCGUGUCGUAAUGUUGUGAAAAUUGACAAAUUAUAUAAUUCUUUAUUAAACUUAAUAAGUGUUAAUUUCAGCUUGUAUAAGAAUGUCGAAAACCCAGCAAAUAUUUGAUUAUAAUGAAGAAUCUCAAGCUGAGAAGUUAGCCAGGAAAUCGAAAGACUCGCCGUUUAUGAUUAUAGGAAUUCUGGGAUUGAUUGGUGUUUGUGGCUUUGGUGCAUACAAAUACAAAAAUAGAGGCAACAUGAGUACCAGUGUCUUCCUUAUGCAACUCAGAGUAGCGGCUCAAGGCACUGUUGUGUCCGCCUUGACCAUUGGUCUAGCUUACACAUUAGUGAAGGACCAUCUUCUGAAGGAAAAGAAAGAAAACUAAUGACUUGUGGUAUUUACACUUCAAUUGGUACCACUUACUGAUAUUAAGACAAAUAAAACAAUCCUUGAAUAAUGUUAUGGAUUGUGGUAACCUAAAUGCCAAAUGUAAUGGCUAUACAAUUUAAAGGAAUAGUUUUGUCUUAAUUUAAAUUACGUGGUUUCUUUUGAGAGUAAAUCAAUUUAGCUAAUUUUUAAAUGAAUCAUCAUAGUGAUUAUAUCACAGUAUUGUUUGCAGAUUGUAUACAAACAUGAAUGUAAUCUCAUAACAGAAUCUAUUGUUUGUAUUGAAGUACAAUCUAUGAGCUGGUUUUACAGUGGUUCCACAAAUAACAAAUAUAAUUAAAACACACCACUCUUGUUCUUGCUGAACUAAAUAGUAUACAACUACCAUGAUAUGAAGUAUGAAUUUGUGGUCAGCAACAGAGUAUAUCUCUUAAAAGACUACAUUGGAUAUAUAGUCCACAAACAAGAAUGUUUAAGAUUGUGCAGUGCAUUAUGUGCAUCUUAUUUUUGUGCCACGAUAAAUCAGUUUGAAUGUAUCGGUCUGUGUUAGAUUCUAGAUUAUUUAUUUUAGAUAGAUUUAAUUUAUUUCUGUGAUGUUUAGCUGUUAUAUUAUGAUACAUGUUUAACAUGUAUAGUAUGCUUUUCAGUGAAGUAAAUUUUAGAGCUAAAUAAUAAUAAUCAAAUCAAAGAUAUCUAUAAAUUGUUUUAAUAAUUGGGAAAUUGUGAUUAUAAAUUGAGUAAAAACAGUUUACCGUAAAAUAAAUAAUUUUUAAACUUUGACCAACAUUAAACUUGUCAAGUGAUGCAGAAAUUUAACAUUUUGUAUUAGGUAUUUUUAAUAAAUGUUUUUAUUUAUUAAUAAAAUAAACCAUUGAUUGGAUUUAUAUGUUUGUUGAAGAAAGAUAUUAGUAAAUAUGACUAGGUAAUUAAACCUACAAAUUUCCAAAAAGUUUUUUGUGACUAUUUCCAAAACAAACUGAUAAAGCUGUACUACAAAAUAAAAUCUGUGAAAGUUUGUGAUACAAAUGACAAAAGAAUACUAAUACAAUUUAAUAUAAGCAAGAAAUAAAUGUUGAUUCUUUCAAA